GUCCAAGCCGCCUCCUACGCUGCACACUUUCUUCCUCCAGGACUGGGGUGGGGAUGUGGGGUGGGGGCUGGGAAGGUAAGAGGUGAUGCUCGUCCCCUGAAUCAAGGAGUCUCCAUAGCUCGAGCCGCGUCUGGACCGUUUGGAAGACACCAGCAGGUAACUGGCCUCCCAAAAUGCCCCUGAGAUGUAAAGGCCUUGGGAGGCUUGUUAUGCGUUUGUGGUUUUGUCAGAGCGAUGCCCAUGGCAAUAGGCCUGGGAAAGACGCACUAGCACCACAAAGUUGAGUUGCAAAGAAUAAGCGGGUGCCACACCGCAAGAAAUCUAGGUGCGGAUUGGACUCACACACAAACACACGCGAGAGCGCGCUUCCUCGAGUUAACAGAGGGAACCCCGAAAGGGCACUUCUCCAAAGAACUCGCGUCCACUGCCCUCUCCGAGCAAAGCCUUUUGAAUGUGGAGCCGAGAAGGGGAAUGGAAUCUAUCGAUCUCUACCCCGGCUGCCAGCGUCUGCGUGUCACUCAGUAGCAGCCCGUGCAUCCGACACCCUGUGUCUGUGCGUUCAGACGAAGCAACUGUGGUGGCCACAGAUCACAGACACAUUUCUUUCCCCCACCUCCCAAGAGCGUUUGGCGACCCUGAGAGCUCCCUAUCCCCCCCACCCUUCCCCCACCCCCGCGUGCACCCAGCGCCCUCCUGUUGUGUCGCCUGGGCCCAAAUUCCUGGGGCAAAGUUUCCCGAGCUGGGCGAGCUUUCCACUAAAAUGCCAGAAGCUGAGGCUCCCACUGCGCGGGUUCCCGCGGCUCCCGCCCAAGCAGCGGCGCGCACCUUCCCCGGAGCAGUCAGCGCGGAGCCUGCGGUCGCGAGAAGCAGAGUCCUGGGGCUAGGCGCGCUCCUGGGGCUGCGGGUCAGAGGAAAGCCCUGCUGUUCUCGGGCCAGCUCCGGGAGGAAGCUGAGCGAGGAGCCCAGAACCGCACCGUCUGGAGGCCGCGGUAAGCAGCUGCCUGCAAACUGGAAGUUCCAUCCUCCUACGAAAAAUCUCCCUCUUGCUGCACUCCUCCCUCGCCGGAACAAGUUUAAAGAAGAAAGCAGAGAGGCGAGAAACUGCUCGGUUUUCGGAAAGGUUUGGAGACCCCAGCUGACUUGAACAACUCACCGGCCUCUGGAAUGUUACCUGCCUUCUUGAUUGAGCGCCAACAGUUUCUUUUAGGUCGCGUGUCCCUCCCUCUUCUCUUCUUCCCCUUCCCCUCCCCCUCCUUAACGGCAAAAAAAAAAAAAAAAAAAAAAAAAAAAAAAAAGGUUUGUAUUUGCCUCUUUGGUGGACACUAACUUUCUACAAGGCAAAUAUUAGCUAAGGGCCUUUUAUAGUUAACAUUUCAAUAGUUCGCUUUUCACUGGUCUUUUCGGGAUUUUCCUUUUCUGCCAAGUGUUUGAAAAUGUCAUUUGAGUAAAUACAGCAAAGCAUCAAUUAUUCCUUUCCCCACCUUUUUUGAAGCUAGCCCUGAUCUUGCUACUCUCAAAGUCCAAAGAUGUAUUUUACAAAUCCAAGUGUUGAUAUGCCAAUGUUUGUUCAUAUUCUCCACUCAGUAUAUAACCAAAACAUAUUAACAUUUAAUAUGCACGCCAUAAGGCAAAGAUAGUCUUAAAAUACAAAAUUUAUCUAGGAAGCAGUUUCUUAAUGUCAGAAAUUAAAACUUCAUUUACCUACAAACAUUUGAAAUUACAGAAAAAAAGUUACCAAGACAGAGAAUAAAUUUGGAAAAUUUAGAAGCUUCUAAAAGCUUCCAAAUAUUUGAUUUCCUUAUAAGAACGUAAAAGAGCUUUGUUUGUUUAGUUAUAGCAAAAUAAAAAUGUACAGAUUCUUUGGAAUUUCUUGGAGAAUCCUAUAGUCUGCCUUCUGUUUGUUUAAAGCACAUUUUAGUUGACCUAUCCAUCCGCCUUAAACCCUGAUGCAAGUUGACUUUAAGUGUUUGGGUUGGGGAGCAGGAGGUAUCUCAAGAAACCAGAACAGUUCUUGAUAUGAAGAGGCCUGAGAACAAAGCCAGAUCAAAUACUGAGAAGCAAGGAAAGUCUUGCUACAAUACCAAUUGAAAGUUACAAAUUUCUGUACAAUGUAAUUGCUGCUCUUCAUAUUUCCCAGACUUGUAUACUUUCCCCCAGACUUUGUACUUAUCUCCUGUCAUAAGUAAGGGAUUUUGGGGUAAAGAUUAUUGCCAUCUGAAAUGAAAAAGAGCUAGAAGAGAGUUGUAAAGUACCACGUAUUCUGUAAUCUCUAUUUCUUUAAGGCAUCACAAAGUACUCUUGAAGUUUCUUAUUUUAAUUUAAAAAUGAAUUGGAAAAUAUUGUAACAUAACAUAACAGAUCUAUAGCCAGUACCUUGAUUUAAAUUUUAGGGUUUUCAGGCCCAACAAACAUCCCUGACUUCCCACAGUCAAUAUUCUUUAGCUACAGCGAGCAUGUAGUGUAUGAGCUGCGGUGAGCUAAUAAGAAGCAGGAGGCACUUCUGGUGUUUUAUUGUUAUUGUUAUUGUUAUUGUUAUUGUUAUUGUUAUUAUUAUUAUUAUUAUUAUUAUUAUUAUUACAGUCUAGAUAUUUGGGCUCAUUUGCAGCGUUUUCUGUCUAACAAAACAACACCAAAGUCAAUACAAAUUGUUUUUGGAAGAAGAAAGGCAAUUCCUAAAUUCCUCUACAAUCUUUGUUUCUGGUUGAUGGUUUGUAGUUUCUUCCUUCUGGUGUGUAAUAGUCACUUAGGACACAGAUCGGUUCUUUAUGGUUCAAGGAAAGAGACUUCUUGCGUACUUCAAACUUACUCCACGAAUACACAGCGGGACUAACUUUGCUGCACAUUAACAUGUAUGUCGUCACAGGUUCAGGCUGCUAGUAGGCUUUUAGUUGAUCUGAUGGCAAAUAAAGAAUUCUUGGGGGGGUGAGUUGGGGGGCGGGUAGGAAAACCUGGGAGAUGAAUAUGGUCAAGCGACAUUGUAAUAAAUCUCACAUAACGAAUAAAAGUAUUAUAUUUAAAAAAGGAAUUUUUGAUGAUUUUGUGCAGCAUGUGAAGGGUAGUAUCCCUGAUUAAGACCCUGUGAAUUAAAGAUGAAUGGAGAGGUCUAAAAACUCUCAGUUAUUUGUCUCUAGCUUUUUGUUGUUAGUAUUUCUUUCAUAUUAGGAUUUCGUUCAAAUGCAGUGCAAUCCUUCUUCUCAAAACAGUAUUUGCAUGUUAAAUUGUUUUGUAGACGGAAGUGAAGCAUUCUGACUUUGCGGCCAGAACAGCGGCAGGUAGCAAGGUCAGCCGCCUGUGGUUGGAGCCUACCCCUACCCUAAGGAUUUCUCUCACCCGUUCCUUUCAGGCCCAUGAGGUGUGUCCCUCUCCACUGCAAGGCUAUGACUCAGGCCUGGACUUGGUGGGAAGAAGUUCACAAACUCAACUUUCCCAAUCUUUUCGCGGAGCAGCUUGAAAGUCAAGCAAUCAAACCCAGCCAAGUUUAGCUUGUAAUUUGCAACGGUGUUGUUGAAAGUUGAGAGGCAAACACGUAAAGGAGGACCUGCCAAAAGUAUUUUUUUUUCUUCCACACCGACAACGCGUCUACCGUGGUACAAAAGCUGGUUAAUGCAGUUGGCUGAUUAGCAUUUAGCAGAAGUUCCCAAUUUUUAAAGUCAUUUUCUGGCCAAUAAAAAGAAACAUAUCCAACAUAAA